AUGAAUGAAGUUAAAGGAGCUGUAGAAUUACAAAAUUUCACAGAACCUCCGAAAAUUUAUAUUGAUGAUACUACGACUGAAGAAGAUAUUCAAAAAAUAGAAUUAAACGAAAAUGAAUUACUUUACCGCAAUGGUUUUAAAAAUUCAAAAGAAACACUCAAGCCUGUAGAAGUAAAUGCCAAUGGAAACCUUCCUUCUUGGUUGAAUGGUGAUUUUUACACUGUCGGGCCUGGAACAUAUGAUAUAAAAUAUAACAAGAUGAUACAAACUGAAGGCGGUGGUUAUGAAAGUGGUACUGCAACUUUUUCAAUUGGACAUUGGUUCGAUGGAUUACCACUCGUAAAUAGAUUUGAUAUUGACGGUGAAAAUAAUAAAGUAACCUAUCGUUCAAAGCUUACUAGUAGAAAAUUUGAAUCCAAAAUACGUGAUCGUCAUGGAAUUAUAACUAGGCAUCCAUUUUCAUUGUUUAAAACCAACCUUCUUGGUCAGAAAAGAACAGAUAAACCUGAAAUGGAGCCAUGUUGUGCCAAUAUUAACCUUAAUUUUCCAUUUAAUAAACCUGGUGAAAAACCAAAAAUCUUCUGUCAAAAUCAUGCAAGUCAAGUUGUGGAACUUGAUGCAAAUGAUUUAAUUCCUGAACGUGUUUAUUCUUGGGAUGAGAUAAAUGCAAAUUUUAAAGGAGAUCAUGCAGCACCUCAUUCAUACUACGAUGAACAAACUGGAGAGUUAAUAAAUUUUAAUAUGGAAUAUCAUGCAUUAGGAACAAAAUAUAAUUUCUUUUCAAUUACUAGCUCUAAUCCAAAUGGUGAAUUAAUAGGCACAGUUUUUGCUAAACCUUCUUAUAUUCAUAGCUUCUCAGUCACACAAAGAUUCAUUAUUUUAGUUAUAUAUCCACUUUACGGGACAAGUUCUACUUAUAAUUUUAAAUGGUCUGACAACAUUUUAGAUUAUUUUGCUUUUAAUCCAGAAGAACCAACUCUCUUUCAUUUGAUUUCGAGAACUAAAAAACAACACAUCUUAACAUAUAAAUCAGACGCGUGUUUUGCAUUUCAUCAUAUAAAUGCAUUUGAGGAUGACGAAGAUAAUAUAUUUGUGGAUAUGUCUUGUUAUGAUAAUGCGGAUAUAGCACAUUAUCUUACUAUCGAAAAUCUAAGCGGUGGUUUAGUCCGUGGAUUACCGUUGAGUGAAGUUCGUAGAUUUGCUUUACAGAAUAUUCAAAUUGAAUCUGUAAAAUUUGCAAAAAACCCUCAGUCUUCAAGUUUUGAAGUUAUACAAAAUACCGUAUCAGCUUUCCUAUGGUCUACAAAUAGCAAUCAACAAGUUUAUUAUCCGUGGCCUGUUGCUAAUUACGUUAGAUGUGCUGAUUCAACUUUGGAAUUACCAACAAUUAAUCCAAAAUAUAAAGGUAAUCGAUAUCGGUAUGUUUAUGGUAUUGGAUUAUCAGCAAAAGCUGCAGGUCAAGAAGGUCAGAUAUGGGAUUCGAUUGUUAAAAGUGAUUUAGAUACAAAAGAAGUAGUUGCUAUGUGGGGUACAGAAAACUGUUAUCCAUCAGAACCAAUUUUUGUUCCUGAACCUGGUGAAGAUCAUGAAGAAGAUGAUGGUGUAUUGUUAAGUGUUAUCUUUGAUGGUUUAAAAAUAUCAAGUUUUUUGAUUGUACUUGAAGCUAAAACUUUAACAGAAUUAGCUCGGGUAAAUCUUCCUCAAGUCAUACCAUUAUCUUUUGGUCAUGGUGCCUUUAAAGCAAAAGAAAAUUAA